UCCGCAGCACCUCUGUCUGUCCUUAUUCGUGAAGGUGAAAUCGGUCCCCGAUUUAUCUCUCUGCCUGCCUCCCUCCGGAACCCUCGCGGUCGUCCUUCUGUCUCACCUCCGCAAUCAUGUCUGUAUUCGGCGACGUCCCGCAGGCGCCUCCAGUGGCUGUCUUCAAGCUCUCCGCCGACUUCCGCGAGGACAACCACCCACAGAAAGUGAACCUCGGCGUCGGAGCCUACCGCACCGAUGACUCUCAGCCGUGGGUUCUGCCGGUGGUGAAGAAGGUGGAGCGCCUCAUCGUGGAGGACACGAGCCUCAACCACGAGUACCUGCCCAUCCUCGGGCUGCCAGAAUUCCGAUCGGCCGCUUCCAAGGUUGCCCUGGGAGAAGACAGCCCUGCCGUCAAGGAGGGCAGGGUCGGUGGAGUCCAAUCUCUGGGUGGCACGGGCGCCCUGAGGAUCGGGGCUGAGUUCUUGCGGCGUUGGCACAAUGGCGUCAACAACACAGCCACUCCUGUUUACGUGUCUGCGCCGACCUGGGCGAACCACAACGGUGUGUUUGCCGACGCUGGGUUCAAGGACAUCCGUCCGUACCGCUACUGGAAUGGCGCCAAGAGAGGUCUGGACCUCAGAGGCUUGCUGGAUGACCUUGAGCAAGCUCCAGAAGGUUCCAUUUUCGUGCUCCACGCGUGCGCUCACAACCCCACCGGCACCGAUCCCAAUCAGGGCCAAUGGAGGCAGAUCGCUGAGAUCAUGAAGAACAGGAAUCUUUUUGUCUUUUUUGACUCGGCCUACCAAGGCUUCGCCUCGGGUUCUCUGGAAAAAGACGCGUGGGCCAUUCGCUUCUUUGUGUCUCAGGGCUUUGAACUCUUUGUGGCUCAGUCCUUCUCCAAGAACUUUGGCCUCUACAACGAGAGGGUGGGCAACCUGACGGUGGUGGCGCGAGACGGCGACAACCUGGGCCGCAUCCUGUCUCAGAUGGAGAAGAUUGUGAGGACCACCUGGUCCAACCCGCCCUCGCAGGGCGCUCGCAUCGUCAGCAAGACCCUCAACUGCCCCCAGCUCUUUGCGGAAUGGCAAGAUAACGUGAAGACGAUGGCCGACCGUGUGCUCCUCAUGCGGGACCAGCUCAAGUUGAAGCUUCUGUCCCUCGGAACCCCGGGAACAUGGGACCACAUCACCCAGCAGAUCGGAAUGUUCAGCUUCACCGGCCUCAACCCCAAUCAGGUGGCGUACAUGAUCAAAGAGAAGCACGUGUACCUGAUGGCGAACGGUCGCAUCAACAUGUGCGGCCUCACCUCCAAGAACCUGGACUACGUGGCGCAGUCCAUCCACGACGCCGUCACCCAGGUCCAGUGAGAGGGAACGCCAUCGCCGCUUCUCCCUGUACGUUUUGUCCCAUCCCGCUCUCCCUUGUCACAUCUUUGAUGUCACCGAAAGUGUGAGCUGUACAUCCUCACUCCUUCUGCUAAGCCGGUGGCUCCCAACAUGUACUGAGCCAAAGACCAUGUUUUACAUUCGAAAAAUGUUCUGGCACGUCACCAAACAAAAACUUCAUCAAAAGCAAUAGCCCUGAUGCGAAUUGCAAAAUAACCAGAGGAACUAUCACCUCCUACCCCCCCCGCAAUAUUUUGGUUGUAUUUCUAAAAAGUAUUAU